AUGGCUGCAAAUUUUAGUUUUGCGGAGACGCACACGGAAGUUCUCAUUACGUUCUACAAAGCACCAAACGAUGUAAAGAGCGGCGUGUCUGAGGUUGUUAGCCCAGAAAUCAAACUGAAGGAUUCUGCUACCUUGAUGUAUAACACGGAGGAAAUAUCUCUGCAUGCUGCAGUUCAACUGGUAAGCAUUGAAGACUCGAAGUAUAAGACUGAAGUAGUACUAAAGAAGGAGACGCCAUCAAAAUGGAACUGCUUGAGUGGAAAGGUAGAGGUGCUGAAGGUGAGGGAUGAAAUCUAUAAGGACGAUCAGGAGCAGUCUAAUCCUCAAGACAUGAUGGAGCUGUUUAAAGAUAUCUAUGCGAAAGGCGAUGACGAUGUGAAAAGAGCGAUGAACAAGAGCUUGAAAGAGAGUGCUGGCACUGUCCUGAGUACAAACUGGAAGGAUGUUAGCUCGAAGAAAGUAAAUCCAGAAAAGUAG